AUGGAGGCGGGCGCGGGGGGCUCGCGCGCCCACCUGGCCGCCCUGGUGCUGGCGCGCGGCGGCAGCAAGGGGAUCCGGCUGAAGAACAUCAAGCUGCUGGCGGGGGUGCCGCUCAUCGGCUGGGUGCUGCGCGCCGCCGUCGACGCCGGCGUCUUCCACAGCAUAUGGGUUUCUACAGACCAUGAUGAAAUUGAGAAGGUUGCAAAGCAGUUUGGCGCUCAAGUUCAUCGCAGAAGCCCUGAAGUUUCUCAAGACUCCUCAACUUCUUUAGAAGCUAUCAAAGAAUUUCUUCAUCAUCAUCAUGAGGUUGAUAUUGUAGGAAAUAUUCAAGCAACAUCUCCCUGUUUACAUCCCAGUGAUCUUAUAAAAGUGGCAGAUCUGAUCCAGAGGGAGGGGUUUGAUUCUGUCUUUUCUGUUGUGAGACGGCAUCAAUUUAGAUGGAGCGAGGUAAAAAAAGGAGAAAACAAAAUGACAGAGCCCCAAAACCUGAAUCCAGCAAAACGGUACCGGAGGCAAGAUUGGCCUGGGGAGCUGUAUGAAAAUGGCUCAUUUUAUUUUGCCAAGAGACAUUUGAUUGAGAAGGGCUAUUUGCAGGGUGGUAAAAUGGCCUACUAUGAAAUGCGGGCAGAGCACAGUGUGGAUAUUGAUAUAGACAUUGAUUGGCCUAUUGCAGAGCAGAGAGUAUUGAGCUUUGGAUAUUUUGGCAAAGAGCCAUUAAAAGAAGUGAAGCUACUGGUUUGCAGUAUUGAUGGAUGCCUGACAAAUGGUCGCAUUUAUGUGACAGAAGAUCAGAAGGAAAUGGUCUCCUACGAUUAUAGAGAUAUUGUUGGUAUUGAUCUAUUAAAGAAAAGAGGAAUCCAGGUUCGACUGAUCUCUGAAAGAGAUUGUUCAAAAACACUGUCAGCCAUGCAGCUGGGAUGUAUAGCAAAAGUUAGCGCAACAAAUAAAUUACAAGUCCUGGAGGACUGGCAAAAAGACAUGGGUUUGAGCUGGAAAGAAGUCGCUUACUUAGGAAAUGAAGAGUCUGAUGUGGAAUGCCUGAAGAAAGCUGGCAUGAGUGGUGUGCCUGCUGAUGCUUGUGCACUUGCUCAGAAGGCUGCUGGUUAUAUUUGUAAAAGCAAUGGUGGCUGUGGAGCUGUCCGGGAGUUUGCGGAACACAUAUUCCUGUUGUUAGAAAAAGUGAACUCUGCAAGAAAGCAAAAGGAAGAAAUUAGUUCAGCAGGAAAGGAAAUGGGGGGGAAAUGAGAACAGCAGGAGAGGAAGUAAGGGACUAAUGAAAAAAGAGUAAUACAGCUGGUCAAUCCUGCUUUUCUUCUUCUCCUCUUCCUCUCUCAGUAAGCGUCCCAAAGGAUGGCUUAUCUUUCAAGUUUUACAUUGCAGUAGCGUUAAAAAGAUGUUUCUAAUUAAAGUCCCACUUUGAUUAAGUGCUGAUAUUCACAAUCAUAUGCUGAUAACGAUGAUCAUAUUCAUGAUUAUUUUAAAAGCCAUUUAAGUGCAAUGGAAGGAAUUCUACAAAAGGUAGUGUCCUAUAAAUCUACUCUUCCUACAGGAAUGAUGUGUCUUUUAUUCCAUAAUCUGAAUAUUUUCAGGGAUCAAUGAUUUUGCACAACUUGAGGUUUUGUAAUUCAGACUUAAAAAAAAAAAAUGCUGUCAGUUUUGCUUAUUUGUUUUAUAUUUCCUCU